AUGGCCUCUCCUACUGAUUACUGCACCCAAAAAUUCCAGACAAAAUACAUAAAGCAACUACCUGAGGCCUCUGACAAGCCGCGGCGGCCACGGCCUUCGACUUCCGGAAAUUCCAGAAGCGGUGUCCGCCACAGCGAAGUGGUGGCGUUUAUCAACGAAGAGGUGCUCAGUAAUGGUGGCUGCCCAGACCUCUACCUGACCUUCCCUUCACGGCCCUGGAACAAGGUGGAAGACAACCUGCAGUCCUUCAUGGCAGACCCUCAGGCGCCGCGCGCCAUUAACACGGCGGGUGCCUGGAGCUCCAGGGCCCUCGGGGUGCGAGUGGCCGCGAGGCAGCGGGAGCAGCAGGUGCGUCAGGUCGGGCGGCUGAGGGGGCAGGUGGAGGAGUGCGAAGGAGCCGCCUGGGCUCUGGCCUCCGAACUGCAGCGGCUGCGUGAGGAGAGGGACGACGUGGUUUCUCAGUUGCAUAGCGCCAGAGAUGACCUGAAGCAAGCGCUGGGGGAGCGUGACGCCCUGCGUGAGAGGCUGAUCCAGUUCCAGCUGUACCAGGAAGUCGCUCCUGAAUAGCCAUAUGAGCAGCACAGGAUUGGGGCAUGGCCUGUGGAUGCAGGGGGACAGAGAAAGGUGCUUGCCACAGGGUCGCAGGGUACGCAGGAUGUGGAGUCUGAGGCCCAGAUGGCAUCUCCAACAGCUCCAGGAAAUUUGGGUGAAACUGAAGAAGCUUGGGGUCCCAGUGUGUGACUCCUCAUGAUAUACACUUCUGGCUGUCAGCAGCUGCUUCACCUAAGACCUCAACUGGCUGGAGCUAAAAAGAGAACGAAGGCAUCAGGGAGAAGGAGACAUUCUAGCACACAUUUUGGAACAAGACAGAGCAGACCAAUUUUGUUAGAACUCAAUCCUUCUGUUGGAGAAAAGGGAUUGACAUUGCAAAGUACAGAAGGGUUGAGAGAAGAAGUAAUCUUAGAGAUUGUAGCAAAUUUGUUUAAUUUCAUUCAUUGGUUUAAUAAACAAAAAGUUAUUGAUGGCCUAGUAUGUGUUAGAAACUAUAACUCUGUUAAUAUCUAGUGUACACAUUAUAAUCUGUUGGGUGAGAUUGGUUAAAUGACAAGAGAGAGCCUAACUUGAGAUAUGUGGAGUGGGGUGUCUCCUUUGUCUUGCAUGAAAUGUGACCUUUGGAUAAACUCAGUUGAAAUAACAUCAAUGCCUGAGAUUGUGGCUCAGCAGUAGAGCGCUUGCCUAGCA